AUGAGUAAGUUUAAAACCAUUGAUACAUUUUUUAAAAGAAAAGAUCAAGAGAAUGAAGAUGUUUCUACUAUUACUACUCCAAUACUUGAGGGGUCAUCAAAUUUCAUUACUUCAAGUUCUUCAUUGAAUAGCUCAAAGCGUCCACGACUUCUUCCAAAUCAACUGGAUAUUUUUCAUUUGGAAAGAGAUCCUGGAAUGCGACCAAUGAUUUGGAAUUUUCCUCCAAAUAAAAGAGAUGAAAUCCGUCAGGCUUAUAUUAAAGUUGGGCCAAAUCAACCAAUUCUUGAUAAUUAUCCAUUUUUUGGUGAUAAAAGUCAUCGUCACUUUCAAGCUUCAUGGUUUAAAUUGUUCCCAUCUUGGUUAGAAUAUUCUAUAGAAGAUGAUGCUAUAUAUUGUUUUCCGUGCUUUCUUUUUGCUAAGAAACCUUCGAUCAAUACGGGUUCAAAUGCUUUUAUUGAGAAUGGUUUCAGGAAUUGGAAGAAAGUAAAUAGUGGAAAAGAAUGUGCUCUUUUGAAUCACAUUGGCAAAGGUCCUAACUCAUUCCAUCAUAAGGCGCUGAAAUCAUGUGAUGAUUUGAUGAAACAAUCACAACAUAUUGACAGACUUCUUCAUAAGCAAACAUCAGAAGAUAUUGAAAAGAAUCGAAUUCGACUAGGAGCAUCUAUAGAUUGCAUUAGAUGGUUGACAUUUCAAGGUUGUGCAUAUAGAGGACAUGAUGAAAACCAAAGUUCAAGCAACAGAGGUAACUUUUUGGAAAUGUUGAAAUUUUUGGAAUCUUACAAUGAAAUAGUGAAAAAGAAUGUUUUGGAAAAUACUCCAAAAAAUGCUAAGUAUACUUCAAAUGAUGUCCAAAAAGAAAUUCUACAUAUUCUUGCUACUAAGGUGAGAAAUUCAAUUAUAGAAGAGAUUGGAGAUGCCAAAUUUUGUAUUAUUGUUGAUGAAGUUAGAGAUGAAUCUAAAAAGGAGCAAAUGGCCAUUAUUUUGAGAUUUGUUACUCUAGAUGGUUUUGUUAAAGAGAGAUUCUUUGAUCUUGUGCAUGUCACUGAUACUUGUGCAACAACUUUAAAGAAAGAAUUGAUUUCUGUCCUUUCUCAUUAUAAUCUCCAAGUUGAAAAUAUUAGGGGUCAACGGUAUGAUGGUGCUAGCAACAUGCGGGGUGAGUGA